AUGAGAACUGCUGGUCUCUCUUCCUCUGAUACUCUUCGCUCCUCUCCCUCAGCCUUUGGGUUCGCAUCAUGCUAUGGAAAUCACAUCCUGCUGGAAGAGGACCUGGCUGCUUUUUACUGGACUCUGCUCGGUCCAGAGCAUCCGUUAGCCUCGUUAAAGGUGAGAGGCCACCGCCUGCUGCUGCCUCCCGGGGAUGUUCUGGUCCCAGCUGUAGCUGAGUACGUGAACCGUAUCACAGACAUCACAGAUCUCCAGACUGUGGCUCAGGAUGUGUUCAAGGACACUCAGUCCUGCACCCGCGACAAACAAGUCCGAUUCCAAGAAGCAGUGGCAUAUUACUCUGUCAUCAGCGGGUCUUCACACCGAGGUUCUGAAGAAGAGACCAAAGCAAGUUCCAAAGGGAUCAACGUUCCACUGGUCCAUGGGUCUGAAGGGUCUGGACCUUCUCUGAACGGACCUCACACUCUGCUGUUCCAGAGGGUUCGCAUCCCGACUCUGGAUCAGAACUUAAACAAUGCUCCAGACUUUCCUCUUUCAGAGAACAGAGAACACACAACUGUCCACUCUAACUCUUCGCUCGCAGCAGGAGCUGAGUCUGAGGAGAAAGUCAAAGUGGAGCAGACUGAGAUCUCUGUGGCUCCUCCCCCUCAGUCACCUCAGCCCACUCAUCCCCCUCCUCAGUCCCCACAGCCCCCUCCUCAGUCCCCUCCUCAGUCCCCUCCUCAGUCCCCUCAGCCCCCUCCUCAGUCCCCUCAGCCCCCUCCUCAGCCCCCUCCUCAGCCCCCUCCUCAGUCCCCUCCUCAGUCCCCUCAGCCCCCUCAGUCCCAUCAGUCCCCUCAGUCCCACCCCCUGCUGUCCAUGGAGGUCAGGACCCACGUGGACCUCAGCUCGCCGUCUCUCCCGGCCGUGGCGCCUGAGGUCCUCCGUGUGGCGGAGCACAGACACCGGAGCGGCCUCAUGUAUCCGGGCGUCCUCCAGAUCCUCACUGAGGGGGAAGUGAAGCUCUCUGUGUGCAUUGAAGACGAUACAAACCUGGAACUUCCGGCAGCCGUGCGGCUGUUCCGCCCGGUGCGUCAGUUUGUGUACGGCGUUCUGUUCAGUCUCUCCACCGCCACGAGGACAGAGCAGCGAGCUCCAAAGGACCCCCCACAGGAUCAUCGUGUGGUGGUGAAGGAGUGGGCGGCGUACAAAGGCAAAGCGCCGCAGACGCCAGAGCUGGUGGAGGCGCUGGUCUUCAGGGACUGGACCUGCCCCAGUCUGAGGCAGCUGUGGCUCGGGAAGACUGCCGAGGACCAGAGCCGUCGCCUGCGAGCGUUCCUGACCUGUAUGCGCUCGGACACACCAGCGAUGCGCCGCCACCGCCAUGGUUCUACACCUUUUCUUCUACACCUUUCCUUCUACACCUUUCCUUCUACACCCUUCCUUCUACACCCUUCCUUCUACACCCUUCCUUCUACACCUUUCCUUCUACACCUUUCCUUCUACACCCUUCCUUCUACACCCUUCCUUCUACACCUUUCCUUCUACACCUUUCCUUCUACACCCUUCCUUCUACACCCUUCCUUCUACACCCUUCCUUCUACACCUUUCCUUCUACACCCUUCCUUCUACACCCUUCCUUCUACACCUUUCCUUCUACACCCUUCCUUCUACACCCUUCCUUCUACACCCUUCCUUCUACACCUUUCCUUCUACACCUUUCCUUCUACACCCUUCCUUCUACACCUUUCCUUCUACACCUUUCCUUCUACACCUUUUCUACACCCCGACUCCUUCACUGUUAGCUUCUGUGACUCCUUCACUGUUAGCUUCUGUGACUCCUUCACUGUUAGCUUCUGUGACUCCUUCACUGUUAGCUUCUGUGACUCCUUCACCGUUAGCUUCUGUGACUCCUUCACCGUUAGCUUCUGUGACUCCUUCACUGUUAGCUUCUGUGACUCCUUCACCGUUAGCUUCUGUGACUCCUUCACCGUUAGCUUCUGUGACUCCUUCACUGUUAGCUUCUGUGACUCCUUCACUGUUAGCUUCUGUGACUCCUUCACUGUUAGCUUCUGUGACUCCUUCACGUUAGCUUCUGUGACUCCUUCACGUUAG